CGAGGUUGAGGAACUGAUGGAGGACACGCAGCACAAACUGCGCAGCGCGGUGGAGGAGAUGGAGGCAGAAGAGGCUGCUGCUAAAACAUCAUCAGAAGUGAACCUGGCACACUUACCUCCCAGUUAUCACAAUGAGACCAACACGGAAACCAGGGUGGGAAACAACACCAUCCACGUCCACCGAGAAAUUCACAAGAUCACCAACAACCAGACUGGACAGAUGGUCUUUUCAGAGACGGUCAUUACGUCGAUGGGCGAUGAAGAAGGCAAAAGGAGCCACGAGUGCAUCAUUGAUGAGGACUGCGGGCCGGGCAGGUACUGCCAGUUUGCCAGCUUCGAGUACUCCUGCCAGCCAUGCCGGGACCAGCAGACACUCUGCACCCGGGAUAGUGAGUGCUGUGGAGACCAGCUGUGCGUCUGGGGUCACUGCACCAAAACAGCCACCAGAGGUGGCAAUGGGACCAUCUGUGACAACCAGAGGGACUGCCAGCUGGGGCUGUGCUGUGCCUUCCAGAGAGGUCUGUUGUUUCCUGUGUGCACACCCCUCCCCGUGGAGGGUGAGCUCUGCCAUGACCCUGCCAGCCGGCUUCUGGACCUCAUCACCUGGGAGCUGGAGCCCGAUGGGGCUUUGGACCGAUGCCCAUGUGCCAGUGGCCUCCUCUGCCAGCCCCACAGCCACAGCCUGGUGUACGUGUGUAAGCCCACCUUCGUCGGGGGCCGUGACGAAGACGGAGAGAGCCUGGUGCCCAGAGGGGCCCCUGACGAGUACACAGAUGGUGACUUCCUGGAGGAGGUGCGCCAGGAGCUGGAGAACCUGGAGAGGAGCCUGUCGGUGGAAAUGGCUCUUGGGGAGCCUGGGGCUGCCUCUGAGCUGCUGGAGGGAGAGGAGAUUUAGAUGCAGGCCUGUCCUGUGGGUAGACGUGCAAUAGAAGUAGCUAAUUUAUUUCCCCAGCUGUGUCCCGAGGUAUGGGCUCACCAGGCUUCUUUCCACAGCCUCUUUCCAGUACAUUUCCCUCUGGCUUGAAACACCAUGAGGGACUGCACCCUUGUCCUGCCACCCCCCAAGCCCUAGCCUGUACACCUUGCAUCACAGUUCUGGUGCCUGGGGAAGACCGCAGUGUGGGAGGCUGAAGGCAGAACAGGGCUGCUAAACUGGUCCAAAUUACUGGCUGCUUUGCCUCUGCUAGUUGGCAGAUGGCACGUUUCAUUUUGUUCAACAUCGCUCACCUCGAGAAUCCUUGGAGGGGAGGGCAUGGAAAAGGAUGCAGAAUUUCCCCCAGGAUGGGUUUGGGGAAAUGCUGACUCAAACACGUGGGGAAGAAUGCCCUGCUUUGCAAACAUAAACCUGCAAAAAUGCAACAGAUGAAUUUUUUGUGCCGGCCCCUCCAUGGGUACAGGCGGGCGCUGCCCUCAGCGGCUGCUGGGGAAAUGUCCUGCUCACCGCCCGUCGCCUGCAUUCAUCCUUUCAGCAGUGUUACUCAGCUCCUACCUCCGUGCCAGGGUGGCAGCUUUACGUCCUCUUACCACAGCCUGGUGGAGGGGGGAAUAAGUCUCUCCGUCUGUCAGGACGUUGGAGGCUCAGAGAUGUCAAGUUGCUUGCCCGAGGCACACAGCAAGUGAAGACCAGAGCAGGAUUUCACCAGGUGUGAUUCCAAGCCCAGUGCUCUCCCCACUGCUCCCCACCAGCCUUGGUGCCACCAAAAGUACCUGAAAGUACCUGCUAUGAGGAGGAAGGCUGAGAUUUUUCUUUUUUUGAGGCAUAUCUGGAACUAAGGUCAAAGUUCACACACCCCUGGAAGAUUAAACUUCUGUUAGCAAUACAGUGUUCUCCCCAGUGCGCAGGGUGGCCAUCAUUCUAGUGGGGACACUCUCCUGUGGCAGUGCUUUAUCGGUAACUUUGAAGGUACUUGACUGGAGCAUGAUGUGUACGUUAACUUGCCAGAAAUAGAACUUAGGUAAUUGUAGGUCCAGGAGUAUAAAUGAAAUUUGCAAAAUCACUUACCAGCAACUGAAGACCAUUAUCAACUCCAUGGAGAAAAUCAAACCAAGUAAGGCUCUGUGAAAUACGGUUGUAAUACCCAAGCUGAGAGCACUGAAUUGUAUGCUGUUCCAUAAAUGUUAUUUUCAGGUGCCAUGGAGUGUUUCCAUCAUGUAUUCAUCCAGAGUUAUUAAAUGUUAAAGUCACACACACUUGUAUAAGCAUGCUUUCUUUGAGUUUUAAAUUAUGUAUA